CCUUAAGCUAAUACUCCCGAUAAUUAUACAUCUUGAUUUCGCGGAAGAAUGAAUAGAGAUAUAUAAUAUUCACCACCUAUAAUAACAGAGGGGUGUUAGUUUAACCGAUUCCCUUUCUUCCCCCACAUUUCGCCGUCUUGUGAAGUCAUCACCCUCAGUCACAUUUCCGCAACUAGAAGAGCAACUUCUGAUCAAACAAUGAAGUUCUCAGCGAGUCCCGAGGCAGCAGUGAAUUUCACAAAAAUGAACGUCUACUUGGUCAGUUCCUGGCCACUGUCCAAGUCAGUGAACAGGUUGAGCCGAAUUUGGUUCAACAUUCGCUGGUGGACUGCAUUCAUUUCAAUUCUGUUGCUAUUCUUGCCUCUAGCAAACGGUGUCUUCGUGUAUCGAAACGACUUGCUGGUGAUGGUGAAAGCAGCUUGUCUUAGUAGUGCGUCAGCUCAAGCUCUUUUGAAGUUACUGGUGUGCCGAUUUCAGUCUGAUCGCCUCCAAUUUCUGCACCACGAGAUGGAAACUUUUAUAAAAAAUGCCAACCCUCUAGAAAAAAAGUGCCUGCAGAAAUACAUUAAGAAGAGUGGGUUCUUCCACGUCUUUGUGAGCGUCAGCAUGUGGAUAGUCUGUCUGGCGUUCAUAAUCGAGCCUAUCGUUCUGUCUCACCCUUAUCCAACAGACACUGCGUACCCGUUCGUUGUUAAAAGUGAACCAUUGCGAAUCGCGUUAUACUUGCAGCAGAUAAUGGCGCUAUGUUUCAUUGCGGCGGCUCUGACGAUUGACUUCCAGGUCGCUACCUUGCUGUGGUUCACUUGCGUGAAGUUUGAAGUCCUGAGCCACCACUUUCGGGAGGUCUCCAGUGAACGGGAAUUGGUAUCUUGCAUCAAAAAGCACCAGCAAGUGCUCUGGUACGCUAAGGAAGUUAAACAUGCAGUUCAGUACAUAACUCUUGCUACAAUAGCGACUACGACAAUUGGAGUCAUCUGUGGAUGCUUGGCGCUGAUCAGUCAUCAACCCUUAUCUGUCAAGCUUCGGGUUGCUAAUAUUGUUGGAAAUGCAACCUCAGAACUCUUCAUCUACGCGUGGCCUGCUGAUAAUCUUAUUCAAAAAAGCCAGGACAUUGGAUGGAGUGUUUAUAACAGCAAAUGGACAAACGCUCCAAUUAGUAUGAUGAGAACGAAAAUGAACGUUAUUCAUCGAUCACAGGUUCCGGUAAUGAUAACCAUCAGUGGAGUGAUGCCGAGCCUUUGUUUGCAUUAUUACACAUCAUUUUUGUCUACCACGUUUUCGUGUUUUACAACUUUGAGAGCAGUUUAUGCAGCACAUGAGACUGAAAAUUAAAGAGAUCAGUAAAGACAAUAGUUUUUUUAACAAAAA